CGUAUUCUUCUUGCUGCCGAUUAUCCUAAUCUAGUUGAACUUAAACUCUUUAAUUUCAAUGAUAAAAUCGUUUUACAUUAUUUUAGAAGUGGAUCACCAUUUCGUCACAUUUUUCAACAACAAAUUACAGAUCUUAUUCUUGUAUACAAAAGCGAUAUUGACGUUUUAUUAGAGACACCAUGCCAUAAUGGUGUGCACGGAUAUAUUUUGAGAUUCUUCAAAAGUCUAAAACAUUUGUCUAUUACUGGAUUACAUUCAGUUUUAUCACUUGAUUAUUCACCUUCAACUAUCUGUUCUUCUUCAAUUCUUUACAAAUUAUCUGUUUUUGUGAAUAAUUUUGGAGAUUGCCUUGCUCUACUUGAUGGUCGUCUCAAACAGCUAACGACGUUUAUUGUUAAUAUUGGCAACAUAGUUUAUAAUUCAUCAGUUGUUUACAAUAUGGAUGAUCUAUCUAAUUUGAAAUGUUUCUCUUUAACGUGCCGUUGCUUUACUGAUGAAUAUGAUACUCAAAUUUUACCUCUUCUUCGUCGUAUGUCAAAUCUUGAAGAAUUAGCUUUGAGUAUUAUUAACCAGAAUCGAACUACAUUUGUCGAUGGUACUCAGAUUAAUAAUGAAAUUCUUGUUCAUAUGCCACGGCUUUAUAAAUUUGAUUUUAAUAUCAAUACCGAAACUGCACUGCAUCAUUUAGUUCAUUAUUUAUCAAGCGAUGAUAUUCAACAAAGUUUUAUUAACAUAGGAUAUCAACACGUGGGCUGUAUUCUAUACUACAUCACUAGUAGUGCUAUAUGUCAUGUUUUUUCACUACCAUUCAUGUUUGAUUAUCUCGAAUUUAUCGGGAACACAUUUCCACCGAUUAUUUUCGAUCAUGUUACAAUGCUGGUUCUGAAAGAUAUCGUUCCAUUCAAACACGAAUUUUUCAUCCGAAUUGCUCGCUCUUUUCCUUUGCUUAAAAGAUUAAGUCUUAUUAAUUCUGAAUCACAGUCACAAAUAUCAAAUAAUUGGAACUCUAAUGAUAAUCAAUUGUAUUCAAUUGUUGAAUAUCCUUAUCUUAUUUCGCUUCGUAUCUGGUUGUCUCAUAUUGAUUAUGUCGAGCAGUUUCUCAAUGAAACAAAAACACAUCUACCUCAUUUAACUAAAUUAAAAGUCGAUUAUGAUCAAUUAGCAGUCGUAACAAACAACUUCACAAGAGAUACAACACGGCUCAAUUGUGCUAAAGUGAAACAAUUAAUUAUUGAAGAAACACUAGUGCAUUCAAAAGAUUUUUACGUUUAUUUUCCUCUAUUGUAA